AUGAGUAAGAUAUUGGUUGUGGGAGGCACUGGUUACUUGGGUCAGCAUCUAUUACAAUCCUAUGACAAUCAAUCUCUCGCAGUGGCAUUUACCUAUCACUCCACUCCUCCUCCUCAACCGUUCUUGGACGCAUUUCCCGAUUCCCUCCCUUUCCAAAUCGAUUUGAAAUCCGGCAUUGGAUUUGAAGCCAUUUCCAACGAAUUCGGCCAGCCUGACGUGGUUAUCAAUUGUGCUGCCAUCUCGGUGCCUCGUGCGUGUGAAAUUGAUCCUGAUACUGCAAAUGCUAUUAAUGUACCAUCAUCCCUUGUAAAAUGGAUGCAGAGCUUUAAACAGAACAGUACCCUUCUCAUUCAUCUCUCCACAGAUCAAGUUUAUGAAGGGGAGAAGUCCUUUUACAAGGAAGAAGACAUUGCUAUUCCAGUAAAUGUCUAUGGAAAAACUAAACUGGCGGCGGAAAAGUUCAUUUCAGAAAAUUUCCCAAACUUUGCAAUUUUGAGAAGCAGUAUCAUCUAUGGGCCACAAACUCUCUCACCAGUUCCAAAAUCUCUUCCUGUUCAGUGGAUGGAUGGUGUCCUUUCUAAAAGAGAAACAGUUGAGUUCUUUCACGAUGAGUUCCGUUGUCCGGUUUAUGUUAAGGAUCUCGUAACUAUCAUACUAGCUUUAACAAACCAAUGGAUAUCAGGGAGCAAACAAAUGCAGUUGUUACUUAAUGUUGGUGGACCAGAUAGGGUAUCACGCGUUCAAAUGGCUCAGGCUGUUGCACAAAUCAGAGGGUAUGACACGUCAUUAAUCAAACCAGUGCCUGCUUCAUCGGUUGACCGAGGUGUAAAGUCCCCAGCCGACAUAUCUAUGGAUAUCACUAGAUUGGUUCAAACUCUAAAAAUUAAUCCGGUUUCAUUUAAAGACGGCGUUAACUUAACACUUACAACUGAAGCUUAA